AAUUCGCCUCAACCUUCCUCCAUUUGUCAUAUAGAACUGUCUCAAAAUCUUCCUUAGCCGACUCCUACAAUAUAAUUCAUGGUGAUCCACUAAAGAGGUGUUACUCAAAACAAAACUACUUCUAUUUGUUAGAUGGUAUUGUGAUCUUGAGUGAUAAAAAAAAUGAUUUACGACACAGUGUUAGCCAAAAGCUUUAGUCGUUAUGAGCAGAAAAAGUUGGGAUAUGGAGCAUUUCUGAGCUGCUUGUUCAUAGUUUUCAGUCUUUGCACUGUGUUUAAGCCUUACUUGGGUCCUGUGCAUGCGUUGAACCUGAAGCUCUUCAUAGGUGUUGACACCAAAAUGCUGAUCACCAGAAGCUCUUCACAAAUAGCUCAACAAGUUGAAGGGAAAGAAACAAAGAAAGAGGAGCUACUGUGCACAUCAGAAGAAAGAACAGAAUUUUGCCAAGCAAAGGGGGAUAUCAGAAUCCAAGGAAAAUCCUCCACUGUAUACAUUGCUUCAUCUGAGGCAACAACGUUGGAGAAAAACAUGUCACGGAGUUUAAAGCCUUAUGCAAGAAGGGAUGAUGUAGAUGCAAUGAUUCUUGUAAGAGAAUGGACAUUGAAGGCGGAGAAUGUUGUUAACCAGAAAGUUCCUGAAUGCACCCAAAAUCACAGCAUUCCAGCUGUACUGUUUUCUACAGGAGGGUACACUGGUAACCACUUCCAUGAAUUCACUGACAUUGUUAUUCCGUUGUUUUUGACUGCUAGAAAGUUCAAUGGAGAAGUGCAGUUUAUCAUAGCAGAUAAGCGUCCAUGGUGGAUUUCAAAGCACAAACCUUUUCUUAAGAAGCUGUCCCAUUAUGAGAUUAUGGACAUGGAUGAAGAUGAAGGAGUUCAUUGCUUCCCAAGUGUCAAUGUGGGUCUCAAACGGUACCAUAAAGAACUAAGCAUUGACCCUCAAAAAUACUCAUACUCCAUGAAGGACUUCAGAGCUUUUUUGAGAAGCUCCUAUGCAUUGAAGAGAUUCCAAGCAAUCAAAAUCAGAAACGGUCAACAUAGGAAGCCAAGGCUCAUGAUUCUGUCAAGAAAAAGAUCAAGAUCUUUCAUUAACACUGAUGAAAUAGAAAAAAUGGCCAAGAGUUUCGGUUUUGAUGUCAUUGUUAAGGAAGCAGGGAAGAGCAUGUGGGGGUUUGCUCAUGUUGUGAAUUCCUGUGAUGUGUUAUUGGGAGUUCAUGGAGCAGGUCUCACCAACAUACUUUUCCUUCCGGAAAAUGCAGUUUUCAUACAGGUUGUGCCUUAUGGUGGGUAUGCAUUGGACUGGCUUGCCACAAAUGACUUUGGAAAGCCAUCAAAGGAUAUGAACAUAAAGUACUUGGAAUAUAAAAUAAGCUUGGAAGAAAGCACCCUUGUAGAACAAUACCCUCUAGAUCACAUGUUUCUAAAGGAUCCUCCAUUGAUUGGGAAAAUAGGGUGGCAAGAAUUUAAGUCUGUGUAUUUGGACAAGCAAAAUGUAAAGCUUGAUGUUCAUAGGUUUAAGCCUACAUUGCAGAGAGCUCUUGAGCUAUUGCAUAAAUAAGUAUGAUAUGUGUCACGGUUAGGAUUUGAUCAAAGUUUUCAUGGUAGUAUUUUUCUUUCUUGCUGAUAUAUUUAUCUGUUGUUUCUCAACAAACAUCUUACAGAAUGAAGAACAAAGAGGUUAUCAUCUGAAA